AUGAUGGUUGGUGAAAAACAAGAUAUUGUACCUUAUAUUCGUAAUUAUCAUUUAACUCCUUAUUGUCGAAGACCAGAUUAUGGUCAAAAAGAAAAAGAUAUAUUUGGUUCUAUGUGUCAAUAUAAAUUUCUUUAUGAUUUAUUAUCAUCAUGUGGUGAUAUUGUUGAUGCAACUUUCAAAAAUCGCUCAGAAAUUAACAUCAACAUUACUGAUGAAACAUGUUAUCGAUUUAUAGAUAAUUGUAAUCAUGACGUAUGGCCUCUAUGUCUUGAUUGGCGUGAAAUAUGUGAUGGAAAAACUGAUUGUACAAAUGCAGAAGAUGAGCAGUGGUGUGAACAGUUAGAAAUGACAAAAUGUGCUGAUGAUGAAUAUCGAUAUCAUUAUGAUGAUCAAUGCAUUCCUCGAACAUUUGAUAGAGAUAAUCCGUACAGCAUCGAUUGUUUAGAUGGUAUUGACGAGGAAGAACAUGAAGAACGUAUUGGUCGAUAUCCUCGUAGUUUCCAAUGUGGUGAUAUUCAAUACUAUUUUGAAGGCACAUUACCAAAUCAUACAGGAGCUUGUAACAGUCGACGAGACAGAGAAAUAUCUCGAAUCUUACUCACUUCUGUGAAUCACAUAUCACAAGCGAAUUGUCAACAAGCAUUCUAUUGUGCACUUCAUUACAAACGAAAUUAUGGUACAGUAUACAAGAAAACAAAAUAUAAAUGUCAAGUAGUUUAA